CGAGGCUGUCACGGAUGGCGGGGAAGUCUCCAAGAAGAGGAGGUUGCUGUUUACUGGUGAAUGGAGUGUUUCGAAAGCAGUGAAGCCAGGUCAUCCAUUUCUUCUUUUAAUGUGUCAUGUGAUUCUCCGAGGGAGCUGCUGUGUGAGUGGAAAUGCUCUCAGUGGUGGAGAAUGGACUGGAUCCCCGGGCUGCCAUCCCGGUGAUCAAGAAGAAGCUGGUGGGAUCGGUGAAGGCGCUGCAGAAGCAGUACGUGUCCUCGGACACGGCGGUCACUAGCGAAGACGGAGAUGCCAAUGCCAUGUGCAGCGCCCUGGAGGCCGUAUUUAUCCACGGACUGCAUGCCAAGCACAUCCGAGUCGAGGCCGGAGGGAAAAGGAAGAAAAGCGCCCACCAGAAGCCUCUUCCUCAGCCCGUCUUCUGGCCCCUCCUGAAAGCUGUCACUCACAAACACAUCAUCUCGGAGCUGGAGCACCUGAUCUUUGUGAGCACAGACGUGGGCCGCUGCCGGGCCUGGCUGCGGCUGGCCCUCAACGACGGCCUGAUGGAGUGUUACCUGAAGCUGCUCCUCCAGGAGCCGGCCCACCUGUGCGAGUACUAUCAGCCCACGGCGCUGCUUCGAGACGCCGAGGAGGGGGAGUUCCUCCUCAGCUUCCUGCAGGGACUGACAUCCUUAUCCUUCGAGCUCUCCUACAAGUCCGCCAUCCUAAACGAGUGGACGCUUACCCCGCUGGCUCUCUCUGGGCUUUGUCCGCUCUCUGAUCUCGACCCCCUCACUACCUCUGGGACAGAACUACAGCGGAAAGAGUCUCUGGAUUCAAUUUCCCAUUCCUCGGGCUCGGAGGACAUCGAAGUCCAGCACUCAGGACACAAGAUCCGACGGAACAGGAAGCUCACAGCCUCCUCCCUCAGCCUGGACACGGCCAGUUCAUCCCAGCUGUCUUGCAGCCUAAACUCUGAAAGCUGCCUGCUCCAAGAGAACGGCUCCAGGAGUCCAGACCGUUCUGAGGAGCCUAUGUCCUACGACUCAGACGUGGGGACAGCAAAUGCUGAGGAUUCAGACCUGUCUCUGCAAGAGGUGCUGUCGGAAUUCAGCAAAGCCCAGGUGAACUCUGUGCCGACCAACGGACUGGGCGGACUCGGUGGAGAAGCAGAAAUUCCCACUGGGCGGGCCUCACUCUCCCUCCCUGGCCCGGAGGCCAGCAUCCCGUCUGAUGGGCCCGCAGAGCCCCUCCCGGCGCAGGCGUCCCCUGUGGCUCCAGAUGGGCAUCGCAAGCAGGAGCCCCCUGCCUGGGCCCCUGGCGCCCUGGGCCUGCCGCUGUCGGGCACUGCCCAAGCUGUCCCUUUGGGAAGUGCUUUGGGCCAGCAGCCUGGCAGUCCCAUGAGAGUGCCGGCCCAAGCGCUGGCCCAGGGGAGUGGCCAGCAGAAGCCCCUGGAGGAUGACGGAGCUGCAUGGAGCCUUGGGGUGUCCUCACCCACCAGUCCGAAAAGCAAGAGCUGGAUCUCUGAGGAUGACUUCUACCGGCCUCCCCAGGAGCCACCCCCAGAGAGCCCCUCAGAACGCUCCGUGGCUUCUUCUGGAGGGACGCCAGAGUCGAGUCCCAGUCUCCUCCGGCAUUUUUCUCAAGGACCAAGAAAAAGCUUCUCCACGGGAGCCUUAGACAAAGCAUGUGCGCCUUCCCCAGGAAGCAGGAAGAGCAGGACAGCCGCGGCGCAGGAGCAUAAGAACUUCCGGGUGGUGCACCGCCGGCAGAUGGGACUGUCCAACCCGUUCCGGGGUCUCAUGAAGCUGGGCACCGUGGAGCGGCGGGGGGCCAUGGGCAUUUGGAAGGAGCUCUUCUGCGAGCUCUCCCCCCUGGAGUUCCGCCUCUACCUGAACACUGAGGAGCGCGCCUGCGUGGAGACAUGCUCGCUGCUGCGCUGCGAGUCUGUGGGGCCGGCGCACAGCGAUGGCCGAUUCGAGCUGGUCUUCUCCGGCAGGAAGCUGGCCCUGCGGGCAUCCUCCCAGGAUGAGGCUGAGGACUGGCUGGACCGCGUGCGGGAGGCCCUGCAGAAGUGCCGGCCGCAGCAAGAGGAUGAGUGGGUCAAUAUCCAGUACCCCGAGCCACCUGAGGACCCCCCAGAUGCCCCCCAGGGCGGCCUCCCCUCCCACCCAGACCUGCUCCCUGAGCCUGAAACCCUCCAGGCCACACAAUUCUGUUGGUCCUCUGCCCAAGAUCCCGAGCCAGACGCUAUCAAAGAAUCCCUUCUAUACCUGUACACAGACAGGACCUGGAUGCCCUAUAUUUUUUCCCUCUCCUUGGAGUCUCUGAAAUGCUUCCGAGUGAGAAACAACGAGAAGAUGUUAAGUGACAGCCAUGGAAUUGAGACCAUCCGAGACAUCCUGCCAGACACGAGCCUUGGGGGCCCCUCCUUCUUCAAAAUCAUCACGGCCAAGGCCGUCCUGAAGCUGCAGGCCGGGAGCGCUGAGGAGGCCGCCCUGUGGAGGGAUCUGGUACGCAAGGUCCUGGCGUCCUACCUGGAGACAGCCGAGGAGGCCGUGACCCUGGGUGGGAGUCUGGACGAAAACUGUCAGGAGGUGCUGAAGUUCGCCACGCGGGAAAAUGGCUUCCUCCUGCAGUACCUCGUGGCCAUCCCCACGGAGAAAGGCCUGGACUCCCAGGGCUGCUUCUGUGCAGGCUGCUCCCGACAGAUUGGCUUCUCAUUCGUACGACCCAAGCUUUGUGCCUUCUCUGGCCUCUAUUACUGUGACAUCUGCCACCAAGACGAUGCCUCGGUGAUUCCGGCCAGGAUCAUCCACAACUGGGACCUCACCAAGCGCCCGAUCUGCCGGCAGGCCCUGCGGUUCCUGACGCAGAUCCGGGCCCAGCCCCUCAUCAACCUGCAGCUGGUGAACGCCUCGCUGUACGAGCAUGUGGAGCAGAUGCGCCUCGUCCGAAGCUGCCGGGAGCAGCUGAAGCUGCUGGGGGAUUACCUGGGCCUGUGCCGAAGCGGGGCCCUGAAGGAGCUGAGCAAGAGGCUCAACCACAGGAAUUACCUCUUGGAGUCGCCCCACAAGUACAGUGUUGCUGACCUCCAGCAGAUCGCAGAUGGGGUGUACACAGGCUUCCUCAAUGCCCUCAUCGGGUUCGCCUCCCAGCAUGUCUACCACUGCGACCUGUGCACCCAGCGCGGCUUCAUCUGCCAGAUCUGCCACCACCACGACAUCAUCUUCCCUUUCGAGUUCGACACCACUGUCAGGUGCGGCGAGUGCAAGACCGUCUUCCACCAGAGCUGCGAGGCCGUGGUGAGGAAGGGCUGCCCCCGCUGUGCCCGCAGGCGCAAGUACCAGGAACAGAGCGCACUCACCUAAGCCAGCGUGCUGUCCCCACCCAGGACCACCGGGCAGGGACACCCCGCUCAGCUCGGCCCUCCCAGCUGGGUUUGGCAUCAGCCUGGAUCCCCUCAAGGUGUCACAGCUGUCUCCCCUGUCAGGAAGACUCAGAUGUGACCAGAGCACGAGCCUACCCGAUGAGGCCCUCGAUGAUGUCCCCCAGCCCCUCUCCCGUCCAUCUGCUCCAGGAGGUGGGGACACCAUCAGAUGCCCCCUCGUCCAGGGGAAGCGGGAAAGGGAGCUUUGCACUAAUCUGGCCCCCAGCUCGCCUCACAGACGUGACACCUCCAUGAGGGCUGUUCAAACACUGUGGACAUGAGACUUGGGCACAUUCUCGAUUCCACAUUCCUGAUUAAAAGGUCUAGUUUUUUAAGACA